CUGAGUAGGAAUGUGACAGAGCUGGAAACUCUUCGAUAAGUUUUUUUUUAAUAAGGUGUUUGAAGUGGAUUAAAGAACUCGGCGCGUUCCUAUAACGUGCCAAAAAUAUAUAAUUUAGAUGAGAAAUAACAAAAUGCCAGUUGUUAAAAGUGGCCUGGGGUAAACAAAGACCAACAGUUAAGGAUAAGCUUAAACAACAUCUUAUUAGUGAAACGUAUUUAUAUAUAUUGGAACGAUGUGAUGACCCAACCAACGAAUCACAACUGUAUUGUGUGUAUGUUAGAAUUGAUUACCCCACCAUGAUAGGUUAAAAGACCCUGCCAUAAACCACAAAAUAUUCCUAAAAUAACAUUCAACACUCGCAUUAGAGAUAAGACCAGACAACGGUUUUCGUCACAAGCCAACUGAUAACCGUAAUAACUGCCCGCAUAUUAUUAUAUUAAACAUGGAAACUUCUGGUCACGUUACUUAAUCUAUGGAUGAUAACCUACGCAAAGGAGAAGCUGUUGCCUAUCUGCGGUCUCGCUGUCGUAGCGCAAUCAUUAUUACACCAUAGGCGAACAAGUGAAGACAUUAGGAAUGGCUGUUGGGCUGAAGAAUCAGGAUCCAGCUUUUCUGCAACUCAGCGAACUUGCAUCCGAAGGCAGCGGAGGCCGAAUAUGCUUCGCCACGGACGACUGGUUUGCCCCGGCCGACUGGAUGCUGAAGGACUCCGAACCGGUCUUCAUAUCGGACAAAUACACCACCUACGGCAAAUGGAUGGACGGUUGGGAAACACGGCGUAAGCGGAUCGCAGGUCACGACUGGUGCAUUGUGCGGCUGGCGGCGCCGACCUCGAUCAAGGGCAUCCUGGUAGAUACAGCGUACUUCACCGGGAACUAUGCACCACAGUUCUCGAUUCAGGGAGCACGAUUGGGGCCAACUGAAGAGGAUUCAAUGCCGGAGCGUGGAGAAGAGAUGAUCGGGACAGCAUGUAGUAAGCAAGAUUUGAAAUUGAUGGCAGAGUUAAAAAGUGAUCAAUGGAUAGAGGUCAUUGGAAUGACUCCACUGCAACCGGGCUACGAAGAAACUAGAAAGCAAUAUUUUUCCAUAGAGAAUCGUAACCAAGUUUUCACCCAUCUGAGAGUUAACAUAUUUCCGGAUGGUGGAAUUGCUAGAUUGCGCGUGUUUGGAGAAGUUCAGCCUGAUUUUAAUGUUCUCAAGCAAUCCCAAACUGAUCUGAUUGGUGUUUUGAACGGAGGUCAGUGUCUGAGCUAUUCUAACGCCCACUAUGGACACCCUCGAAAUUUGAUUAAACCAAAUCGUGGCAUCAAUAUGGGGGAUGGUUGGGAAACUGCCCGUAGAUUAGAUCGACCAGCGAUCUUGAAAACAGACGACAAUGGUAUCCUGCAAGUGCCCGGUUGUGAAUGGGCUGUUUUCAAACUAUGCUCGGCAGGAUCCGUGGAAAGGAUCAUCGUUGAUACCAACCACUUCAAAGGAAAUUUUCCGGAUAAUGUAAAGUUUGAGGCUGCUUAUUUGGAUGAUAAAGAAUCGUUGCCGUCAGCUCAAUGGAAGUGUAUGCUUAACAACGCGAAACUGUCGGCGCACAAAGAGCAUGAGUUUGGAGGAGACGCAUUACAAUUCAAGGGACCAUGUACUCAUGUUAGAAUAACAAUAGCCCCAGAUGGAGGAAUUUCACGGGUGCGAUUAUACGGAAAAAUACUGUGAGAUCAGUAAAUAAAUAGUGUGUCAUUCAA